AAACCUUUUACAUUGGGUGGGGCUACAGCCAUCCUAACCCCUUCCCAACACUCACUCGCUAGUGGACUGAUCCACUUUUCAAGGAGUCAGACACAUCGUUUGGAUUUGUGGUGCCGGAGAUCCAGAGCUACAGGUUUCCAGAGCAUACCACCAGUAUAAAGGAUGGACCAUGUCACCCAGAGGGAUAACCAGUUCAAUCAAUACCCCAGGCCAGCCCUCAGCAAAUCCAAUAGCAUGGCUAGACCCAGCAACAAAACUAUUUACCAACAACGGAAAGAAUACUCUCAAGCCAUGGCUUCAGAACCCAUCAUCCUAAAGCAACGAGUGGAGCACCUGCUGACCUGUAAACUCGGCUCAGGAACUCUCCGGGAACCUAAGGAUGUAAUCACGAAGCUUCAGAUGAUGGAUGCCCAAGGUCAAGUGUGGGGCCAGGAUGUGGUCCUGCAGGUCAAAGACAAUUGGCUUCAAAUCCUGGAUAUUGAGACUAGGGAAGAGAUGGAUGCCUACCCCUUAGAGAACAUCCAAUCUCUGGAUGCCAUAUUAAAUAGCUGUUCCUACAAUUCAGUUCUAUUAAUCAUGCUUCAGGAGCUGGGCCAGUCUUUGACCAAUAUCCUAUUAUUCCAGUGCAGGGAAGUUGGGGCUGAGAUCCUGAGGAAUAACCUACAGAAGGCAAUUGAUGAAAUGAAAGAAAGGAGAGAACCAAGAUACAGAUUUGGGAGUCCCCAACCCAAAGAGCAUAAGUGGGAGGCAGAUCCCCAGGAGAGGUACCGCAGGAACUCCAGGAACUCCAUCGAACACAGAUUCCCUGCCUCAUAUCAGUCUAAUACCCAGCCACCACAGAGGUUUGACCAGUUUUCUCCACAGAAGGCACAGGUUGAGCUCCCCCUGGACCUAGAGGAAGACAUGGAGGAGCUAAACAACACCCUGAAUAAAAUCGAGCAGUUUGUGGAGAUGACAAAGGGGGCCCCGAAAAAUAAUACCAAGAAGAAUUUUUGGGGGAAGAAGAAGCCCCAAAAAGGACUCCUCUCAGAACUCAAAUACAUAGAGUGUUUCCAGAUGGUCAAGCAUGCACUCAAUCUCCUGGGGAAGCUGGAGCUCCACAUAGAUCAACCAAGUGCUCCUGAUUUUGUACACAAUCUCUUCAAAGCUUUGAUCAUGGUGAUCACCAACUGUCCCAAUCCUCAUUGGGCAGCUUCAGUAGAUGUUCCCCAGUUAACCCCCAAGGCCAUUGCCCUACUGGAAUCUUGUCUGCUACCAAAUGAAAUGGAUUUCUGGAAAAGUCUAGGAGAGUUCUGGACCACCAGCACGGUUUAUGGGGCAGACCAAGAGUCCACAAAUCCUACACACACACCCAGAUUCUACAGACAAACUGAACCUUCAGAAUACUCUAGGGUCAAUCACCAGCACAACCCAGCCAAGGACCAGGAACGCAUGUCACCCAGACCCAGCCUAUCCCAGAAGCCUGUACUAAUGCAAGUCCAGUAUGAGUUUGAAGGCAGGAAUUCAAAGGAGCUGACAGUGGUUGCUGGUGAGGUGCUAGAGAUUCUGGACCAGAGCAAACAAUGGUGGCUGGUGCAAAAUGAAGCUGGACGAAGAGGAUACAUCCCUAACAACAUCCUAGAACCUCUGCCACCAAGCCUGCAAAUGAAGAGGGUCCACUCCAGCUCCCCAACUCGGGGUCCCAUCCUACGGCCCAGCUCCAAGCCACAGGAGGUGAUGGAUUGGCUGCAAGCUCAAAACUUCUCACCCAUCACCGUUAAGAGCUUGGGAGUGCUAACAGGAAGCCAGCUUUUACACAUGCAACCUCGGGAGUUGCAGCUGGUAUGUCCAGAGGAUGCCCCCCAAAUCCUGGCCCGGCUAGAAGAAGUGAAGAUGCUGUUAGGGAUGGGUCCUUAGUUUCACCCAGACCAGCCCAGGAUGAAAAGUGAAAUCCCUGAUUUUCUCAAGCAAGGCAACAGAUCGGAUGCUUCUGCCAGUCAUAUAGCAUUGGACACCCCACUCACCCAUAUUUGGUACCUCAUUCUAUUCCCAAUUUCUAUUCCAGGAAUCUGCCAAUCUCCAUGUCCUGGUCUAUCCCACUUUUUUUCUGAAGUGAAAUGGGUAUAUGGGCAGUAGGUGGGGAAGGGGAAAACAGAGACUGAAAGUGAAGGUUACUAGGGUGAUACUUGUGUUACCCAUUUGUCCCUGUCUGGAGACAUCCCCAAAACCUGAAUAUUUAUUGUACUUCCUUCCCCCCAAUAAACCAAUGCUUGUGACCAAAGAGUUUUAACUAAA